CAGAAUCAAGCGUUGUGCGCAGUAACCUAUUCCCAAAAAGCAAAUCUACCGCAUAAUGACCCCUCCUCCACCUGCUCCUGCUGCUAAACACGGAAGAGCACCCUCACAUACAGUUCAACAACAACAACAACAACAACAAGGUCACUCACAACAUCAGCAAAUGCAACAACAAGGACAACAACAGCAAUCGCCACCGAAUGUUACUGAAGUGGUCUUGGCGACGGCUGGGUAUGACCAUACCAUACGGUUUUGGGAGGCUUUAAGCGGGAUUUGUUUGAGGACUAUACAGCAUCCUGACUCGCAAGUGAACCGAUUGGCAAUAUCUCCCGACAAGCGAUAUCUUGCGGCCGCAGGAAAUCCACAUGUGCGAAUGUAUGAAGUACAAACCAGCAACCCCAAUCCCAUUACAUCAUUCGACGGACAUACAGGCAAUGUCACUUCUAUAGGCUUUCAAUCCGCAGGGCGCUGGAUCGUAACCGGGAGUGAGGAUGGAACUAUAAAGAUUUGGGAUGUUAGAGCUCCCGGUAUACAACGAGAUUAUGAGCUCAAAUCCCCAGUAAACGAUGUGAUCAUUCAUCCCAACCAAGGAGAACUGAUUUCCUGUGACCAAAAUGGAUCAGUGAAAGUAUGGGAUCUUGGCGAGAACGCUUGCACUCACGAGUUGCUACCAGAGGAAGAUACGCCGGCUCGAUCGGUAACAAUGGCUGCGGAUGGUUCCAUUCUUGUAGCGGCUAAUAAUAAGGGCAACUACUACGUAUGGAAAACCAAAACAACGGGUGACUUGACGCAACUGGAAGCAUUGACAAAGGUUGCGGCUCAUAGCAAGUAUAUUUCAAAAUGCAUGCUAAGUCCAGAUACAAAGCUUCUCGCCACCUGCUCUGCGGAUCACACUGUAAAGAUUUGGAAUACCGUAGAUCACAAAUUUGGAUUAGAAAAAACAUUGGCGGGUCAUCAACGAUGGGUGUGGGACUGUGCCUUUUCAGCCGAUUCCGCAUAUCUUGUGACGGGAUCCUCUGACCACUCUGCGCGAUUAUGGGAUUUGGCGACUGGGGAGACUAUCCGACAUUAUAAUGGACACCAGAAAGCAGUAGUUUGCGUGGCGCUGCAUGAUGUCAGCAUGUAAAUAUUAAAGUCAAGACAAUUGGAUAUGUCCACUCGAGCGC